AUUUUUCUCGUGUUUCGCUCUUUCAAACAAGUCACGAUAGUUCAAGAGGCAUGAAAACAGAAAUUUUAAUUUUUAGAUAGCGAUUGCCGUCUUAAUUCAGUCUUGUGCCCCCAUCCCCCAAGAAAAUAUUUCGCCUGUGCUUUGGUUGAAAAGGCGCCAAAUCAAACUUGCACAAUAACAAAAAAAUAAAUAGGCAGACGACAAAAAUUGUCUGUUCAAAGUUCGAAAAACAAUGAUUUAUUGGGCUGUUUUAUUAGUUUGAAGCUAGUGAACUAGACUAGGAUUUCGUUGACGCAUUGAAGAGCAACACUUCUUGGCCCUUUGCUCCAAUUUCGACUACAAUCAUGAGCACAUUCCCAGGACCCAUUCCUGAGAUACCUAAAAUUUCUGUGGACCGUUUCAAUUGGCAGAAUUUGAAAUCGGACAUAUUCUUUUUAACUCAUUUCCACUCAGAUCACAUGGUGGGCUUGAGAGACUAUCCAUUUCAAAACAAAUUACGAACAAACUCAACAGCCUUUCUCUACUGCAGUGAACUAACAGCUCUUUUUUUGACUCAAAACCACUUGAAAGGUUUUGAUGACAAAAUAAAGGUUUUGCCCAUAAACUCACAACAGGUUAUUAGUAUCAACGAACAGCAUGGAUGUGUCACUGUCACUGCACUGCCUGCGGGGCACUGUCCCGGCUCCGUCAUGUUUCUAUUUGAAUAUAAAGGCCUGAAUUACCUGUACACAGGUGAUUAUAGAAUGACCAAAGAAAACUUAAUGAAAAUGAAACCUUUGAAGGAUUCAGAUGGCAACUUCAAGCCCAUUGAGACUCUGUAUCUCGACACAACAUUUUUCAAUCCCGUCUAUUCCUACCUUCCCAACAGAGAUGAAAGUAUGCGAGCACUUAUUGCCCAAUGUAGGUCAUGGAUUGAGAAGGGUGAUGAUUACAUUAUUGACUUGAGGACUCCAGCUAUUGUUGGUAUUGAAUAUGUGCUCAUUGCUCUGUCAGAAGAAUUUGCACAGCCAUUUCAUGUUUGCGAAAAAGCUUAUGAAAAAUAUUAUCGAAUUCCAAGACUUUCAUCCGCAGUGACCAAAAGUACCAACACCAAAUUUCAUGCGUGCCUUGGAGGAUUCAAUCAACAGGGGAAAACCUUAUUCAUAAAACACCAUGCUGAAUUUAAGAAGCACAAAAUUUUUAGUGUAAAGCUUUGCACUAUGCAUGCUUCUAACUUUUCAAAGAAAAAGAAUUUAUUAUCUUAUCCACCUGAGGAAGGAGGGCUUCACCGUUUGGUGUACUCGUCACAUAGCUCUUACAGUGAACUGCUUGAAAUGAUUGAAACUCUACGUCCAAGAAAAAUUGAGCCCUGUGUUGUCCCUAAAAACUUCACUCCUGAGCAGGUGGUGGAUGCUCUGCGACCAUUUAAUGACAAUAAAGUGCAAAGAAGCGACUCGGAUGAAAAUUCUCUUCUUCAAAUGUCUUCCUAUGAAGAAGACGCUCCGGGGUGUGAUUCUGACGCUGAAGAAGUUGUUCUGAAGCCCAAGGAGGAGGCAAAAGGGCAGCCGCUUUUCACAUUUUCCAAGUAUGUGGCCCAGGACUCAUCAGAUGAGGAAGACGGGUUGGCAGUUGAAAGUGAGGAGGACGAGCUCCCACCAUUUAGUUGGAAUUACCAAUCUGGUACCAGCAAAGCAUUGAGCUUCCCAAAACAUGAAGAAGAAAGGUUACCAGCCAAACGUCAAAAAUUAAAUGGCAGCUAACGGCUUAAAAGCACAGUUACAACAAAGAUAUUUUAAUAAUGUCAUCUUAAGUUUUUUAGGAUGAAAUUCAAGACUUUGGUAUGAACCCAUAACAAAAAGAAGACUGACAAAUUAUGUUACUAUUUAGAGAAUAUGUAAGAUAAGUCAAUUUUUUCUCUAUCCUAAUGAAAUAAUAUCCAAAAAAUGAACUGUGAUGAAAUAGUUCACGAAUGAUUUGGUUCUGCAAAAAGUGCAGUUAAUUGAUAACUAGUCCUGUAC